UUGUGGUGUAGUUGUUCUAAAUGUUUUUUAAGCGUCAAAAUUAGGAUUUUGUUCCGUGUCAUAUAUUUUUAAUUUAUUUUAUAAUUCAAUAAAUAUAAAAGAAAUGGAAGCUAUAAAUUGUAUUCCAAAAAAUCCAGUUUACAUAUCAGUGUUUUCUGUGCUUAUUUCCUUUUUUCUAGUGAAGGUUCUACAAAAGGAAUGCAACACAUGAAAAUGUUUACGGAGCUCCAUUCAAGACUCUCAUCUGAAAUGGAUCUAAAACUAAGAAAAAGCAACGUCCGUGGGAAGUUAAAAAAACAGUGUCUACAUCGAUGAUGGAAAGAUUUAAAGCGGCAUUGAGGUUACAUCCACAAAAUGUAGUCUAUGCAUCCACGACUAGAGGCGGAAUGAAAGUUCUCUAUGAAGGACAUUAUUUCAAGUAUGUUUACAAGCGUUACGAUUGCGGUGUGUUUCAGUGCUGCUACAAUGAAAACAAUGAACAGUGUAAGGCGCGUAUCAUUAUCAAUCGAAACCUUGUGUAUCCUCUGGAUGGAGUGCAUAACCAUUUUAAUCAAGCAACGGACAAGAGUGUGACUUCGGUGUUGAUUGAGGCAGGAGAUGCAUGUGAUGAGGAAGACAAUGUGUCAAAUGAUGGUGCACAAUUGAAAACCAUUUCGCAAAAAAUGAACCUGGCUGAAACCAACGAGUUUGUGGUUAUGGAAGUUAGAGAGUCAGUGGCAGAUGCUAAUUUAAUUCCUCUACAAACUAUUUCCCUUGAUGAAGACUAUGAAUAUUCCAAAGGCAAUAAUGUAUCCGAAGAUACCAGCGAGAUUGGGAACGAUAUUUUUAAAAAGAAUGCCGAUGAUCUAAGGGAAAAGAUUAAAAAACGAUUGCAACAAGCCCUUAUGAAAAAGAAAAAGUAAAAAGGACCUAAACGGCAAUAGUUUUUAAAUUUUCAUUUAUUAAAGAGCAACCCUGCUACUAGGAAAGCCAACUAUCUUUUUAAAUUGAUUUAAAAAAAAAACAAAUUUAGCAAUAUUACCCGAAUAAAACAUUUAUAUUAUAUUUUUGAUGCCAAUUUAAUAAAAAACAUACGAAUUUUUAACUGAUUAUAUUCUUGAAAUUUAUGUUUCGCUAUUUUUUUAUUAAAACUUAACUACAAAAAUUGUUGAUUAAUCCAACUUUUGAUAAUAAGAAAUUUACAAAAAAUUAUUUUAACUUAAACUGUCUUUAUCGAGCAGAAUAUCGAAAACGAAUCGAACACACAAUUUGUAUUUAGUAAAUCGAUGGUUAAAAUUAAUAUAAUCAAAUGUUAGAUAUUAUUAGGCAAAUUAAAAUUGAAAGGUUAUAUUUCUUAAAAGACUUUUAUAAUUUGGUUUUGGUGGUAUUUGAAAAAAUAUUUUAAGUAAUAAAUAAAAAAAUAAAUUAAAAUUGA